GGUGAUGGCUGGGGGUGAGCAGCAAUUUCGUAUGAUCUAGCGUCCAGCUUUAAUGGACUUCUGAAUCACUUUUUCUCCCCCCUCGCAAGACUGGCUCGGAGAUCUAUGUGUGAAGAAAGCGUUUGUGCUUGAAUAGGCUGGCUGACAGCGGUCAGAAGUGUUGGGGUAGAGACAUAAAACAAUGGGUGACUGGAGUUUUCUGGGAAGGCUUUUGGAGAAUGCACAGGAACACUCGACUGUAGUAGGCAAGGUCUGGUUGACUGUGCUCUUCAUCUUCCGGAUCCUGGUGCUGGGUGCUGCGGCUGAAGAGGUCUGGGGUGACGAACAAUCCGAUUUCACCUGCAACACCCAACAGCCUGGUUGCGAGAACGUUUGCUACGACAAAGCUUUCCCUAUCUCUCAUAUACGAUUCUGGGUUCUGCAGAUCAUCUUUGUCUCCACGCCCACCUUGAUUUACCUGGGCCACGUACUGCACAUAGUGCGGAUGGAAGAUAAGCGGAAAGAGAGGGAAGAGGAAAUCAGAAAAGCCAAGAAUCAAGAAUACAAAGAACUAAUGCUUGAAAAUGGCAAAAAGGACAAGCUUUCCUAUAGAGACGAACUUGGUAAAAUCCGAAUCCGAGGUGCCCUUUUACGCACUUACGUUUUCAAUAUAAUUUUCAAGGCGAUGUUUGAAAUUGGAUUCAUUGUAGGUCAGUACAUCCUGUACGGUUUUGAGCUUAGACCUUUGUAUAGGUGCGAUAGAUGGCCAUGUCCCAACACCGUGGACUGCUUUAUCUCACGGCCAACAGAAAAGACCAUCUUCAUCCUAUUUAUGCUUGUGGUGGCUUGCGUGUCCCUUUUUUUGAACCUAAUGGAAAUCUAUCACCUGGGCUGGAAAAAGCUGCAGCAGGGAUUGAAGAACCGGCAACCCCACGACCCAGAGCACAAGACCGAGCCCAUAACGCCUCUCACCAGGACUGUCCCGAGCAGUUUCGCCUACCCCUACUUCACUGACCCGACGGAGGGACCCCACCCUUACCCGGGAGCCCCGACCUCUGAGUUCAAGGUGGCACCGCUGCCCGAGGACAGGCCACCGUGCGUGGUCUACAACAACAAGCUAGCGGCCGAGCAGAACUGGACCAACUUCGCCGCCGAGCACACCCGCGAAUUGAAGCCCGACGCCGACGCCGACGCCGAGGCCGAGCCCGAGCCCGCGCUCCCCACGCCGACCAAUGAAGACAGCGGAACCACGGGCGAGGCGGCACGUGGCAACGGUCACCUGACCACCACGGUGGAGAUGCACGAGGCCCCCAGCGCGGACGCGCGUCGCCUGAGCAGAGCCAGCAAAGGGAGCAGUGCCCGGGCUAGGUCGGACGAUCUAGCGGUGUAGCGCCGGCCUCGCCUCGCCUUUUCCUCGCUGAAGUCAGUGCAGAGUCGGGUGGGUGGGAGAAGCAUACGCAUUGGCAUGCUGGUGGUUGCAAUGCGCACUGGGAGUUGUGGCUUGCAUAGAGAUGAAGGUUAUUAUAAAUUGGGUUACACGUACCUAUUAGCCUUAACAUUUAUACAUGCUCUAUUUUAAUCACUUUUAAUAAAUGGAAAAAAAAUCUAGACAACUUUUAUUUCUUACGUUGUACAAGUCUGCAGGAUGGAAAUGCUCCAUUUUCCAUCAUUAGACCUAGGAGCAGAAUUAGACCAUUUGGCUCAUCCAGUCUGCUCCACAAUUUCAUCAUGGCUAAUCCAUUUCCCUCUCAGUCCCAAACUCCUGCCUUCUCUCCGUAUUCCUUCAGGCCUAACCAAUCAAUCUAUUAAUCUCUGCCCAUAUACCCCAUGACUUGGCCUCCACAGCCACAUUUAGCAACGAAUUCCACAGAUUUACCACUCUGGCUAAAGAAAUUACUCCUCAUCUCCAUUCUAAAUGGAUGUCCCUCUAUUUCUAAGAUAGUGCCCUCUGGUCUUAGACACUCCCACCAUAGGAAACAUACUCUCCACAUCCACUCUACGAAAGCCUUUCAACACCUGAUAGGUUUCAAUGAGAUCCCCCUCAUUCUUCUGAAUUCCAAUGAGUACAGGCCCAGAGCCAUCAAAUGCUCCUCAUAUCAUAAGCCUUUCAAUUCUGGAAUAAUUUUCGUGAACCUCCUUUGAACCUUCUCCAAUGUCAGCAUGUCUUUUCUUAGUAAAGGAGGUGAAAAUUUCUCCCAAUACUCCAUGAGGCCUCACCAGUGCCUUAUAAAGCCUCAGCAUUACAUCCUUGCCUUUAUGUUCUAGUCCUUGCAAAAUGAAUGAAAAAAUUACAUUUGCCUUCCCCACUACCGACUCAACCUGCAAAUUUACUUUUAGGGAAUCCUGCAUGAGGACUCCCAAGUCCCCUUGUACCAUAGAUUUUUGAAUUUUCUCUAAAUUUAGAAAAUAGUCUCAUUUCUUCUCCUAUCAUAUUGGACUGAAGCUCAACUUAGCAUGUUGGAAUUAUAAAAGUUCAUUUCAAGAAACCCACCACCACAUGUUAACUUAAGAACUAUACUUUUUAAAAUACGUAAUUAUUUCACGGCAAGGGAAGAUGUCUACAGUAAACUGGGGUAACAUAACUCCAUAAGUGUCUUAAUUCAUUGAUUGUGCACAUGUUAGAGAUUUGCACUCAGUGAUUGUAAGCGGUUAUCUCUAAACUAAUACAGCAGGUAAAGUCUCUAAAUUUGAACUUGUGAAAAUCACAGAAUGCUUCAGUAAAUGACACAUACACAAUUUAGUCCUACCACAGGGUUACAAUACUUCUUGGUUUUCAUCCACUUCACUGUUCAGUUACUCGAACGAACUUCAAAUUACAACAUCUGUGGUGGCAAACUAAAGAAGAAGUUUGAAUGCAUGUUUUGAGAUACAUGGACAGGACAUGAAUUUUGAAUGCCUUUUAUUCACAAAACAAUCAAAGCAGGGCAACAUCUGAAACCAAUUAUAGACUAAAAGGGUAUGGACUGUAGUUUAUUUAUAUAUGAGGUCAUCUUUAUGUGUUUUAGUACAUCCAAUACAGCUCUGACAAAUUUAAGAAUGCCAUAUUAGAAGAGAGGUGGAACCACCAAGAAGUAAAAUGAAAGUAUGGUUUGCAAUGAAUAAAAUGCAUAGAACAUUGUUACGUUUUAAAGAAAUUUUUUUUAGGUUGUUUAACAUGAAAUUGGAAUGGUCUGAGUGCUUCUUCAAGAAUAUGACAUUUUUGCAUACAUUACUUUUAACAUAAUUAGAUUUGGAAAUUCUAAAUAAUUAUGUUCACAGCUCUAGCCCUUCCAAGCAGAGAAGAAAAUAGUAACAAUAUUCCAGAGUUAGAAUAUGGUAGUUUUAUCUCAAACUUAAUAUUUUUGGAUGGGGAAUUGGGAGUAGGAAAGUGGAACCACAGGGAAAGUAAGUUACAUUUUGUUGCUUUGGCAUUUAUUUUUACUGUGCUCCCAAAAUACAUAAUUUUGGUUAAUAUCAAAAAAUUGUGUUAAAGAGCUGGCUGCUAACUGACAUUUUCAGUAGGACUUACAAAUAAUCUGACACAAAGCUGCAAAGACUUUCUAUGUUAAUUUUUUUGAGACAUAAACAUUUUAGUGAAAGGCGGAAGUACUUAGGAAUAAAAUUAGGUAUGGAUGGAAACACUGCUAUGUAUUGAAAUUUUUCUAGGUUUCAUCUUUUGAGUCACAUUGGUUGAGGGAAACAAAUUUUACUGAAGAAUCCAUAUCUUUACAAUCAACAAAUGCUUAUUUGCUCCGUUUGGCUAUUUAUGUGCAAGAACUCUUCUUAAAAUAGAGUUUCUUGCCUGAGGUUCCCUAUUUCAUUUUAGGAGAAGUUUAUUUUUAGCUCUCUACUUAACUAUACCAAAAAGGCAGUGAAUCAAAAAAAAUCAUCUAUUAUCAAUAAAAUUUUAAACAAUCGGCUUUAGCUUUGAUGAAAAUAUUAGCUAACUGGCGAACUAAAUACAAGCAAAAAUUAUGUAUUCCUUGAAUUAAGAAAUCAGGAGCUUACUUCAGUGUUUUCCCAUGGUUGAUUUAACUUUCUAGCUUAACAUAUUAAUUACAGAAACCAUAUUGAUAAUGAACAAGUCAAGGAAUCAGCUUGUAGGUGAUUUUUAAUACAUUCUUUUUUUCCCAUUCAUUUUCUUGUACAAUGUAUGCUAUCUUUGUAACUAUGUUUGGUUCCUGAAAGUUUACAUUAUCAAAUAUUGCACGUGUCAGCAAAAAAAGUUUACAUUAUUUGACAGCAAAUUCUAAGAAAUUGAGCCCACCCUUAUCCAAAAUUAAAUGUCUUAAUACAAAAUAAGAGUUUUUAAGAAAAAUACAGUAGUGUACAAAUGGAAGUUAUUAGAUUAUUACUAUGUACACUUGAUUUCUACUAAUUAUAACAAAAAUGCAUAGCUGUAGCCACAGAAUAAUUUACCUUGUAAUAGAUUAUUGUGGUAGUGGGUCUAUAGUAGUUGGCAAUUAAUCGUAAACUUGACCAAAAGAAAAGAUUAAGUGAGAGAAACUACAGUAUACAUGGAACUUAAAUUAAACUGAUUAGGUUUCUUCUGUUGCUCCAUUCAAUGCUAUUUUGUUAACCCCCAAUCUUGCUCACAGGCUUCCAAGCCUAUUUGUUGCUCAUGAAACCCGUUAUCUAUCAAAUAUCAGCUCUCAUUAGAGGUAAAGAACUUGCUGGGCAGUCAGGGACAUUUAAUGACUUAGAGCAAAAGCAACAAAGCUGUUCUAAGUGCUGUCUUUAAAGAGGUGCCUAUGUAUUUACUCUGUACAAGCAAAUUUGAUGUAAAUGUACUUUACCUCAAAUGUUUACAAAUAUGUUACCUAAUAAACGUUUUUGUAAUGUAAUUCUUUUGAAGAAAAAUAUUGUGCCUUAAUUUUUAUCUCUUGUCUUUCAAACUGGAUAUGAAAAACAAACGCAUCUAUUAAACACUAUAAAUUAUAUCUAGCUAUAAGUUCACUCUUGAGUUAACAAUGAC